AUGCACCCACCACCAACACAGUCGAGGAGCAGUUACAGCCGCUGGAUUAACAGCCUAUACCAGGAUCUCGCUCACCAGUUAUCCAUUUUGCGCUCCCAAAACUGGCACUUCAGCGACUUAGUCCGCAUAACAUGCUGCCAUGACGUUACCCCUGUUUAUCAGCGCAUUUCUAACUCCGAAUGUCCCCAACACCCUCCAGAACUGCCGAUCACAUCCUCGCACAGCCCCCUAGCAAACGUCGCCAACAGCAUCUCAUCCUUCACGCAACUCCUCUGGACCAUCAAGUACCAUGCAGCCAACAGCCCAUCAUCGUCCUUCACCGCAACUAACGCUUCCCCACCGUCCUACCCCAACUUGAUUCCAGGCUCCAACUUAACCUUCUCCGAUCUUCAUAAAAUCCUCUCCAUCCAUACAACCAUCCUUUCAAUCUACUCCCUCAUCCUUUCCCGAAUCCCUUCGAACAACUUUUCCAUCACUGACAACAACGACAACAACGACAACAACAACAACCAGACCAAUCAGGACACCCUACUAUCCGAAUGCGUACCACAGCUUUUCCUUGCUAACAUCCCCCUACCCAUCAAGAUACCAUCAAUGUGUAGAGUAUUACUAGGGUACCUCCUCUCGAACCUGACUGAGAGCCAACUGAAGCCGGUAGAGGAAUUGCUGGGGCUGCCUGAGGAAUUGAGGAUAUUCUGGCAAAGCCUCUCGGACAGGGAACACACCUCCAAUGCGGACAGUUCCAGAGGGAAUGUCACUCCUGGAAGUGAGAUUGGAUUGUUUGGAGGAGAAAUGGGAAGGGAAGUUCUCAAGAUCAUUUGGGAAGGAGUGGAUGAAGAGAGAACAGGGAAGAGUAGUGUUGCGGAUACCAAUGAAGCUGGUCAAGUGGGGGAGGGGGAUGGGAAUGGAGUACUGAGAGUGGUUGAGGAGCUUAGAGAGAAGAUGAGGAAGAUUAGGGAGGAGUUCCGAGUAUGGUAA